AUGAGCUACAUCGCCCGCCGCGGUCUCUCGACCUUGAUCCCUCCCAAGAUCGCUUCUCCCAAUGCGAUCGGUGCCGCUCAGGAUGCUGCCCGUAUGGAGCGUGUCGUGAACUUCUACGCCCGCCUCCCCCGCGGUGCUGCUCCUGAGGUCAAGCCUACCGGCCUCAUUGGACGCUACCAGGCCCGCUACUUCAGCGGCAAGAACGCCUCUGCUGCGCCCCUUGCCCACGCCAUUGGUGGUAUCCUGAUCAUCGGAUACAGCAUGGAGUACUACUUCCACCUCCGUCACCACAAGAACCACCCUCACUAA